AUGGUGCCUAUAAUUGGAGAUAUGGAACUACCAGGCCUUGGAAUGAGCGACGAGGACAGAAAAACUAUUACCAGUAAAGCUACCAUUAUAAUAAAUGCAGCAGCAACCGUUAAAUUCGAUGAGAAACUUUCAACGUCGACUGCUAUCAACGUAAAGGGUACUAAGGAGGUUUUAAAACUAGCUAAUGAAUGCAGAAACUUAAAAGCUAUCACCCAUAUCUCCACUGCAUUUUCAAAUACACACGUUAAAUAUGUUGAAGAAAAGUUUUACGAACCUCCUAUGUCUGUAGAAGCUCUGGAAGCUGUGUCAGAACUAAACGAUGAGAUACUUGAAAGCAUUCUGCCAACGUUAUUAGGAAAACGGCCGAACACUUACUGCUUCACGAAAGCUGUCGCUGAAGAAGCUGUCAGGACUUAUGGGGAAGGUCUACCCAUUUGUAUCGUCCGACCUUCUAUAGUUGUGUCAACAUACGAAGAGCCUAUACGUGGCUGGACGGACAGUGUGUACGGGCCGACAGGACUGGUGGUUGGAAUCGGUACUGGGGUGCUCAGAACUAUGUACAUGGAUCUGGACAUUGUGGCCGACAUGGUACCCGUUGAUCUAGUGGUCAACUCAAUAUUAGCAUCCGCGUGGUACACCGCCAAAAACUACAAAGUGAAUCAAACUUCCGAUAUACCUAUUUACAAUUUCGUGUCUGGAGCACAGAAUCCUAUCAAAUGGGGCCAAUUCAUAGAACUCAAUAGGAGAUAUGGCAUCGAUAAACCCACCACUAAAGCUGUAUGGUAUUAUGGUUUGAAUCCCACCAACAAUUAUUACUUGUUCCUAUUCUACAAUUUCUUUUUACAUUAUCUGCCGGCUCUCUUUAUAGACAUGUACUGCGCUCUCACAGGCAGGCGAAGAGCUAUGUUAAAACUUUACUCUAAAGUAACGAAGCUCGCCAAUAUUUUGUUUUACUUCUCAACACAAGACUGGAAGUUCUCCGAUCGUAACGUUCGCUCAAUGUGGUCGUCAUUAUCAGAGGCUGACAAAGCAAUAUUCCCGUUCAGUUUAGGUGAGAUGUCGUGGGACAGACUUUGCGAGACGUUUUUGCUUGGAUUAAGAGUUUAUCUGAUAAAAGACGACCUUUCAACUCUACCCGAGGCUAGAAAAAAAUGGAACAGGUUGUUCUACCUACACCAAAUGCUGAAGACCCUUAUGGCAGCAUUAAUCUUAAACUUGGCGUAUCUUGUAUUGAGGCCAAUUUUCACCGCCAUAUUUGGUUGA